AUGUUAGACAGCAGUCCACAUCAAGAAAUCAGAAAUUGCUGUGUGAACAGAGGAUACAUUUCUGUGCUGACUUGCUUUGAGACGUGGAAUGAUAAAGUCUUCGAAGUAAUGGAUCUGCGUGUGCCCAUAGUGACAGAUAGCAAAGUUCCUGCAUCGUCGCUCUUGUCACGUGACUCUCUGACAUCUACAACAUUUAGCUUCUCAGAAGGUCAGUCCACUUUGGGCGUUAAACAAGAGAGGUCACACGGGUACAGGACACUUCCUUCUGUUCCUGCUGACCGUGGUUUACAAAAUGGCAGUGAGCUGGGGGAUCUAGUAAAUUUUUCAUCUGAAAUAUAUAUGUCCAGUAACUGCAUCUCUAACUCAUUACUGUCCUCCUUAUAUGGCAUGGAAAAUAAGCUUUCCCCUUACUCUAGUCCUCACCAUUCCUCAGCACCAUCUCAGUCAGUCCGCUCCAAAAAGAGAGCACUCUCUGUAUCUCCUUUGUCUGACGGCAUUGAGAUUGAUUUCAAUACAAUCAUCCGUACAUCCCCAACCUCUCUGGUGGCCUACAUCAACAGUUCCAGAACAUCGCCAGCAAGCAUCUCCCCCCAGCCUGAGGUCUAUGGGCAUUUUUUGGGAGUGAGAGGAAGCUGCAUACCCCAAAACUACUCCAUUCCAACUGCACAGAAAGGACUCCUCAUGGCAAAUGGCAAUGUCACCUUCCCAGGGUAUGCUGAGAAUGGGGCCAGUGAGUACCAGCGAAUGCAGCAGCUGGAGCAAGCCAGCUUGCAGAUGACUGUCACAGGUAACAUGAUGAUCCAGCAGGGCAUGCUACCCAUGGACAGCCAGGCAGUGGGAAUCCUGAAAAAUGAACGGCUGGAUGACUUCUCAAGUACUAUGGUGGACAUGCCUUCUCCACCCCUGCUGCCGCCACCGCCUCCUCCACAAGGGCCACCCCCACCAUACCAUGCACAUCAGCACCAGCAUCCACACAGCCUGCCCAGCCAUGUUCACCCACUGCAUGUGCCUCCUCCUGCCCCAGGCUCCCUGCUGGAUGAAGAGGGUGAGCUAGAAGAUUUCAGCAGCAGGCAUGGCUGUCGCUGGGUUGACUGUGGUAAGCUAUAUGACCAGCAAGAGGAACUUGUGCGGCACAUAGAGAAGAUUCAUAUAGACCAGAGGAAGGGAGAGGACUUCACUUGCUUCUGGGCAGGGUGCCCUCGAAGGUACAAGCCAUUUAAUGCCCGUUAUAAACUGCUGAUUCACAUGAGAGUCCAUUCAGGAGAGAAGCCAAACAAAUGCACGUUUGAGGGUUGCAAGAAAGCCUUUUCCAGACUAGAAAAUCUCAAGAUUCACUUCAGGAGCCAUACAGGUGAAAAGCCGUACCUUUGCCAGCACCCUGGCUGCCAGAAAGCAUUCAGCAACUCCAGUGACCGCGCCAAGCACCAGAGGACACACUUGGAGAGUAAACCUUAUGUGUGUCAGAUUCCAGGAUGUACUAAGCGAUACACAGAUCCAAGUUCCCUGAGAAAGCAUGUGAAAGCCCAUUCUUCUAAAGAUCAGCAAGUCAGGAAAAAGUUGCAACCAAACUCAGAGCUUGGCCAGGACAUCCUGAAUAACUGCCUUGCAAUCCAGACCCUCCAGCCAGCCCUGUCACCACAUGACACUGCAGAUAAUUCCAUGGAAUACUCCCCAGGCCCUGUUCAUAAUAUUUACCCAGCAGCCCUGAUCGCCAGCACACAGACCAGUCAAAGUGCUACAGCAAGUGGGACAGUGUCCUUGUCCCACCCCAGCAGCCACCACUCCCCAGGACAUAAUACACAGGGUAGUCCUCUCCAUCCUCCCCCUCAGAUACCUCUUCUCUCAGCUGCGGUGUCAGAGAGAUUUGUUGCUCCGGCUCCUUCUCCUCACCACGUCAGCCACCAGAGAAUGUCUGUUCCACAUCCCAUGUUGCAGAGACAGACUUCACAACCUCCCCAGCUUCAACAGCCUGCAGGAUUGCCUCCAAAGACACACCAGGCAGCAGAAAGCCCUUCUUUUCAACCAAAUACCCUCCACAUCCAGGGUUUUUAUGGGCAGCUUCAGACUUUCUGCCGUUCAUAUCAUGCUGACACUCAGAAGAGCGUACAAAAUGGUGUUUCUUGCAAUAUGGUUCCUCCUUUUGAAGACUGCAUAUCUCCCACUUCAGCUGGCCAGGCAGGGCUUGGCAUUUUCCAUCGAACUUUUUCAGGUCAUCCUGGUAUAACAGUGUAUGACUUUCCAGCAGGGUCCAUAGGUAUCUUUGGUGAUUCAGCUUGCAGCAUGCCAGAGGACAGCGGUUUGCUACAAGUAAAUGCAGUGGAUCAUCCUUCUAGCCAGCUUUCCUCCAUAUAUACUGAAGGCUAAAGUAAUAUAAAUCUAGUUACAAAAACUUCGUUCCAUUUCAUCUUACCCUUCUUGUAUUUCUCCACAAAAUGUUUCUCUUCAUGAAACUGGCAUGUAUGUAUGGGGAUACGACUGGAUAUACAUACAUAAUGGAGAGGAAAAAAGCAAUCACUGAGCAUUCUUCAUUUAAUCAAGCUCCAACUGAGAAGGGGAAUGUUUAGAGAAAGCAAGCUUUGCCAAAACCUUAGUAAUUGUUUCUUUUCUUCUCGUCUGUGGCACAGCAACUCUAUUUUUUUAUUAUUUCUUCUUUUUAAUUUCUCAAAGGGAAUUCAGAGACCAAAUAAGAAAACUGCUUGUUAGCUGCAAUCCUUUCAAGCUGAAUGGGUGCACUUGCUGAAGAACAAAGCUUCAGAAAAUUCCUUUUUCAAAAGAGGAAAAGAUGUAAAACUAGAGCAUACUACAAACCAUUUCAAAGGCAUACAGCUUUUUGCACAAUCUGUUUACAUAUGAUGCUUCCAACCUUAAACACACACAAGUAUCCAGAAGGGAGAAAAAUUAGACAUAUAAUUUGGCACUACCCAUCGGAGGUACUGGUGUGG